AGUUCUUACAAACAUGGCGUCCAAGUGUAGCCUCUCUACAUUAUUUCCUAUCCAGAGUCAGCUUGAUUGUGCUCUAGAUGACGCUACUACACAACAAGAAAAAGAACAUCUUGUCUACCAAUAUUUGAAAAAAUUAGACGAGAGAGAGGACCUGAGGAUUCCUGAUUUUCACACAGGCUUAGAGUGGCUGAACACAGAGGGGCCUCUGUUUUUAAACAAGGAGCUGGCUGGAAAAGUGGUGCUGCUGGACUUCUUCACUUACUGCUGCAUCAACUGCAUUCACAUCCUGCCUGACCUGCACCAGCUAGAGAAGAAAUACUCAAUUAAAGAUGGAUUAGUUAUUGUUGGUGUGCACUCUGCCAAAUUCCCCAAUGAAAAAGUCCUGGACAACAUCCGCAGCGCUGUGCUUCGCUACAACAUCUGCCACCCAGUGGUAAACGACAGCGAGGCCUCUCUCUGGCAUGAGCUGGAGGUUUCCUGCUGGCCCACACUGGUCCUGCUUGGGCCACAUGGCAAUUUGCUCUUCUCCCUGGUGGGUGAAGGCCACCAUGACAAGCUAAACCUCUUUACUGAGUGCGCCCUCUAUCAUUAUGGAGAACAGAGCUUGCUGAAGUCUCAUGCAGUGGGGAUAAAGCUGUACAAGGACUCCUUGCCACCCAGCAUUCUUUCCUUCCCUGGGAAGGUGGCUGUAGACAACAGCACCCAAAGGCUGGCAAUAGCAGACACGGGGCAUCACAGAAUUCUGGUGGUGGCGUCCAAUGGAAACUUGCUGCAUACCAUAGGAGGACCUGAAAGAGGCAGACAAGAUGGCAACUUGUCCGAAGCUUCGUUUAACUCCCCUCAGGGUGUUGCCAUCAGAGGGGACUGUGUAUAUGUGGCCGACACUGAAAACCACCUGAUUCGGAAGAUUGACCUGCUCCAGGGAAAAGUCAGCACUCUAGCUGGAGUAGGCGCUCAAGGUACAGACAAAGAGGGUGGGGCUAUGGGGCCACAGCAGUCAAUCAGCUCUCCUUGGGAUGUGGCCCUUGGCACUGCUGGCGGUGUUGAAGACAACGUGCUGUGGAUAGCCAUGGCAGGGACCCACCAGAUCUGGGCUUUAUUCCUAGCAGAUGGAAAACUGCCCAAAGGAAGUGACUCCAAGGCAGGGAUCUGUGUACGAUGGGCAGGAAGUGGCAGCGAAGAAAACCGAAACAACGCCUAUCCUCACAAAGCAGGUUUUGCUCAGCCUUCGGGGUUGGCUUUAGCACCAGAGGAGCCCUGGAGUUGCCUGUACGUGGCCGAUAGUGAAAGCAGUACUAUUCGCACGCUGGCACUGAAGGACGGAGCUGUCAAGCUGCUAGUUGGAGGAGAGAGGGACCCACUGAACCUUUUUGCUUUUGGGGAUGUGGAUGGGAAAGGGGUGGAUGCCAAACUUCAACAUCCUCUUGGUGCUGCCUGGGCUCCCCAGCAAAGCCUCCUCUAUGUAGCUGACUCCUACAACCACAAGAUCAAGGUGGUGGAUCCAAAGACAAAGCAGUGUAGCACAUUAGCAGGGACAGGAGAGGCUGGAGAUACUUUGGGUCCAGAAUUUAACAAGUCAUGCUUCAGUGAACCCGGGGGAAUCUGUGCUGGCGAUGGUGGGAAGCUUCUUUAUGUGGCCGAUACCAACAACCACCAGAUCAAAGUGCUGGACCUGGCCUCCAAAACUGUCUCAUUGUUGCCCAUCUCCUCUGAGUGCCCAGACUCGGGACCUUCGAAGACUUUGGGUACUACCAAAGUUCCCACAAUGCCUAAAUCAGCUGCCAGGAAAGAAAUGCCACCAAUAGAAGUGUGUGCAGGCCAGACAGUCAGCCUUUCUGUCAGAAUAUCACUUCCAGAAGGAGCCAAACUCACUGAAGAGGCACCCAGCUGCUGGGCUCUCUCAGCUGAGGGUAACAAGUGGCUGCUGGACGGUCAGAUAAUUACUGGCGACAUUAUAGAUUUAGCGGAGCCGCUUCACAUCUCAACCAAACUUCCAGCUGCUAUAAAGGAAAUAAAAAACAAUCCCAGUCUCACAUUGGGGGUAUGGGUGUACUACUGUAUGGAGGCAGGUAAAGCCUGCAUGAUGAAAGCUGCCUCUUUUACCCAGCCUCUGCAAAUAAACGGCAGUCCUGGAGAGGAAGAGGUCACUGUGGCAUUGACCCACGCCUUCUAAAACCAGCUUAAUGUCUCAGUUAAAACAGCCUUAGUAUCCAGACUUUCCUAAGUGUAGCUUCCAGUCUCAUGUUUUAUUGUCAGCUCUAAACAAAGGAUGAAGAUGGUUUGCAUCUUCAUCCUUCCCCAUUAAACAUAGCAUAUCAGCAAUAACAUGUCAACUGUAUGGCAGUCAUUGAAAGUGUUUGCUUUGCUCAAGUGUUAUGGAUAUGAAUGCAAAUAUAAGUGCAUCAUGAAGGUUAAGCAGGUGCCUCAAAUUAUGUUUGUAUGAUUGUAAAUUUGUGUACUGACUGUAAGAUGCUUUCAACAUUAGUGAUAAUGGAGCUUUUUGUACAUGCAGUUCCUCAGAAAUAAUUGUCACAAGACUAAAUUAAUAAGAUAUUCUGUGGAUUUAAGGGGAAAGCUAAAUAAUUAGGAUCGUUAUAAUUAGUUGGUGAUGGUGAUAGAUUUGUCCACCAUUUAAUUAUGCAGAGGAAAACAAUGUAAAGUAC